AUGUCUGGCUCAAGUACCGCAGCAUUUCUCCACGCAGCCACAAUCUCCCUCCCUGCAAUCACUGGUACGACCCCAGAAGAGCUUAAAGAGAAGCGCCAUCACCUCAAUGAUGGGAGCGGCUUUAUAAACCCCUGGCUAGGGUUGGGCCAUGCCUGCUACUUCGUUGAGUUCCCAAAAGGAUUUCGAGUUCUGUUCGAUCCUGGUAAGCCAUUGAUCCAAGUUCAAGCAGCAGGCUCAGAUUACUCACAUAACCUGACAGUCUUUAGUGAGCGUUGUUCACCUUUUAGCUGGCUUGGCCCAAAGCGAUACACCGAGAAACCUUGCGGCAUAGAGGAUAUUCCUAAUAUCGACGCUGUAGUGAUAUCUCACAAUCACUAUGAUCAUAUGGAUCACCCUACAAUCAUGAAAAUUUUCCACGAGCAUCCUGCCGUCCAUUUCUUCUGCCCUCUUGGCAACAAGCAAUGGUUCGUCAAAUCAGGCAUAGACAAUGUCACGGAGCUCGAUUGGUGGGAUGAGCGCGACAUUGCUCUGGAUCCAUGGGUGAUUCGACCAAGCGAGAAAGCCCCAAUAGCAGCUUUGAAGCUCGUAUUGCAUGUCUCCCGUGUCAACACACAAGCGCUAGGACUGCUUUUGACAAAGGAAGAACUUUGUGGUCAAGCUGGAGCGUUGAAAGUGGCGGUCUUCUUUGGUGGAGAUACUGGCUAUCGAUCGGUUCCUCAGCUCCCUAAAGAUGUCGACGACUAUGGCCCAGAUCAACAGUAUCCGCACUGUCCAGCUUUCAAAGAGAUUGGCGCCUACCAAGGGCCCUUUGACCUCGGGUUAAUACCAAUAGGGGCGUACGAUCCUCGACAUAUUAUGUCGCCAAUGCAUGCCAACCCCUUUGAUAGUGUGAACAUCUUUAAGGACACGAAAUGCAAACGCGCCAUGGGGAUUCACUGGGGAACGUGGGUGCUUACAGAAGAGGAUGUUUUGGAGCCUCCUAUGCUCUUGAAACAGGCAUUAAGUAGAAGUGACAUCCAAACGGAGGGCAUUUUCGAUGUUUGCGACAUUGGUGAGAUGCGUUCUUUUGAGCUGUACAGGAACGAUGACUCUAGCUUCACAAUCUUGUAUCUUAUCCUAAUAAGCCCUCGCCCUGGAACUACAACUCCAAGUGCUGCUGCGACUUUGGCAGCGAGUCAAGCUUUCCUUGCAAACCGAGCUUCCAAUGCGAACCUCUCGGCCUCUGCGGCCGCGGCAGCGUUGCGUUCACAUACGACCAGCCCAACGCCAAUUGGCGAAAUACAAACUCGACGCAUGCAAAGAAGGGGAUCUGUUACAUCAAAUGGAAGUGCUCCGGGACGACCGGUAAGCCUACAAAGAAGGGAUAGUGGUGGAUCUAUGACUGAACGGACAUUCCGCGACCCAUCACCGAGUCGCCCGGAGCGCCCGGCUUCUUCCCACGGUCCUUAUCCCAACUACAAGGAAGAAUUACCACCACCAGUCCCGGCAUUACCGCCACGCUUCGCUUCACCACCACCCACGCUGCAAAAUUCAAGGAGAAGGCCUGCUAGUGUAGAGCCGCCAAGAAGAUCUGGAUUGCCCCAGAAAGGGAUUGUCGAUCAAGGCGCUGACGACAGAUAUGGCUCUGGUGCUCUGCCAGUGCGGACUACGAACAAACAACGUCUUUCAAGUUUGGAUACGACUGCAGUAGCACACCAAGCCGCGAACAAAGCCAACAACAGAGCAUCUGUCAAUUUCUCUCGGCCCAUGAGCCCACAAGUCUCACUAGAAAGCUCUCAGCUUAAUACCGAGCAGGAAAGAUCGCCCACACCUAGAGCUGGGACGAUAGCGAACUUGAAUCCUGGGGAAGCCCAGCCCUUGGAAACGUCCCCACAGGCGACAUCGAAGCGCCCGGCAAAGGCGAAGAAAAAGAGAGCGGUCGGCGAUUCCGAAAUGGGAAUCUACUCUGUCGCAGAGCGGAGCGAGGGGGGUAUUAAUACCGGCGAAAGUCUGGUGGCUACCAACGAUAGGAGAGACAAACCUCAGAAUGACGUGCCAUUUCGGAAUCCAGCACAUACAAAUCAAAACGUUGGACAAUUGAGUGCCUCAACCCCUACCAAAACGAGAAAAAAGAAAAGGCGCACCCUACCGGUCGCUGAGGGCGAAGCUUUGAAGAAUGACGACACAUUUGGCAGCGCAUACCCUUCCGACACCGACUCUGCAAUAUCAGAUGUCAGCAGUACAACAGAUGUACCCCGCAACAUCAGCACGCGUGCUACUGGUACUCUCGGGAAGCAGCCAUCGAUCCUCCGCGAAGAUCGAGAAGGAGAAGCAAAAGCCGAGAAUAAGACUGGGAUUGGUAGGACAGAGGCUGGUCAUAUGGCAAGCGAGACUUCACAUUCUGAAAAUAAUACCGCCAGGUCCCCCGCGAUACAAAUGGAUGUGGCCACAACACAGGGGCCACAGGCUUCAGUAAGGCAGCUAAAACAUGGCUCUGGACCCCGCAAGGUCAACAUGUCAGAAGACUCAGCGUCAUUGAGUCCUGCCCGAGCUGCACAUUUCUCGGCCCGUUUGGUGUACGAUUCGCCCACUGGAACUAAGCACCAACCACCUGCUCGGUCCGCUUCUCCGGCUAAAUCUGCACUCAAAACCUCUCCAUCACGGGGACAAUCACCCGCUUUGGUCCGCAACAAGGCAUCCACCGCCGGCGAGACUUCAGACACUGCGUCGGCAGUCUCGGAUGAUAGCAGCAGGCUAGGCGCCAAACAGUCUCGGAAGCAUGCGCGAGUCAGCUUUGACGAUGACUCGAUCGUCAUGGACCGCACUCCAAGUCCUAGUCCUCGAACCCAGCUCCAAGAGAAGCCUCGAAAUGAGCAAGUACGGAAGGGUACGACAUUACCUAAAGAUGAUGAUCAGGAGCACAAGGAUAUGGCAAUUAAACCUACACCGGCAUUACCUUCUUUCGGCAGUGUACGGAAUUUCAAGGGAAAAGAUACGGAGACCUCACAAGCAGUUGGGAAGUCUUUGAUUGUUAAAGGUACGGAUCAAGUCACUAGCCCUGAGCCUGCUUCUCGUAGCAAUCUUGGGCGGAAAAGUGAGUCUGGAGUUAGCACCGGCCUUUUCAAGCCAGAUCAUCAGGAUGUAACAUCGAGUGGGAUUGCGAAGGAAGGUACUGACGGUCUGCCAAAGACAGUCACUACUCAGGUUUCAGCACCUUCCUUGGACGAGAAAGUUCGGGGCGGCAAUAAUGCCGAGGAAGUUGAAACCAAGACAAAAGAUCCAAGGACCAUUGGUGAGCCUACUGGGAUAUUAGAAAGCCUUGUGCCAGCAAUUGCUGUCAUGCCAGCAACUCCUGGUCUCGAUGAGAAUGGCACCGAAGGUAGAACGCUAGGCCUUUCCGAAACCUACCAUAAUGAGACGAAAAGUUCAGAGCACGCUAUAAAUUCAGAAGAUACGGGGAUAGUUCACCAAGCCAACAAUGUUUUCGACUCUCCAUUAGAGCCUCAGCGAAUAGAGCAAGCAGGUAUUCAGAAGAGUAUGGCUGACGAGCAUCACCCUUCGCCUAUAAUCACUCCAGCGACACUAGGACUUGCGGAGCCUGAUUCGGGAAUGGUCGCAGCGCAGCACGAAAGUGGAGCGCCAUACGUGGGGGACGUGGCGUUAUCCAUCCGGACGCAGAUUGAUUCACAGAGUGGGGAAGAGUCGGCAGAAGAUGAUAGCGUGUACAGCGAUGCUGCAGAGGAUCAGAUAGAGAACGAGGGCGAUGGAUACGGGUCAAUUAAUGCGAUUGUGGAAAGCCCUACUAGUCCUCAAUCCCCGCUCGCCGACAAGUCGACCACUUCCCCCUUGCUGUCUGGGGAUCAAACUGACGUCGAUCAGGAUAGAACUCUAGCUCUGAACGCAACGAAAACUAGCGAAGAUAUUACGAAUGAGCAACAGAACAGCGCACAAGGUUACUGGUCAGGUCUGUCAGCAUCUCAGAGACAGCAAUUAGAGCGUGCGGCUCUGCCUGGAGCUGUGGAUGAGCGAAUCGUUCCCGAGAGAACUAUGAGGGGAAAGCAAUCAAUUGCAAACAAGAAAAAGAAGCAGGCUACAAAGCCAGUAACAGCUUCGUCUGUUCGAGGAGAUCCUUCGAGUCAAGUCGAAAAAGCCAAAAAAAAGCAAGUGACCACACCGAAGAUGUCGAUCGAGAACCAGCAGGCCUCUCCUCCAGCACGUUCCGUGAAUUUGAAAGCUGCCAACCCAACAAGAGCACGACCGGCCACAUCUGCACCAAUUGCCGAGGACACCUUGUCUCCUCUCAAAAUUAGCAACAAGCAUGCAAGAGCAGCGUCCGCCAAUGUCACACUAAACCCAGUCACGGCGAAGGCUAACCAGGCUAAAUCCCUUAAACCUCAAAAGCCUAAGCUCGGACGCACGAAAUCUAAUGGUAGUGAUUCUGACAGUAGCUUCAAGCGCAACAGGUCUUCUAACCUCAACACUGGCAAAUAUCAAAUGAAACGAUCCAUGAGGGGCGGGCCAGCUGAUACCGGCUCCAUACCAGCAAAGCGUGGCAAUUCUGUGGGUGUGAGAACAGUUUCACCAACCAGUUCGGCAGGAAGGAGGGCUUUCAGUCAGGGUAGUCCCACAGGAAUCGGUAUGAGAAAAUCGAUGCGAAGCUCACUUGACUCUAAUCAACAAGGCCGGACGUCUUUACGCCUUUCGAUGGAUUCUAGCAAAGCUGGCCGAACGAAGUCGCCUUCCCGUCUCGGCUUUGGUCUGGGAUCAAAGCCCAAAAAAAUGGAGAAGCAUAGUGGUGCGAGAGGAUCAAGAGGCUUUUCAAGUCGAUUUGGAGAUUCUAGUGAUGACGAUGACACCUUCGAUCUGAGGGCACAAAGUCGAUUCGCAGACUCUAGCGAUGAGGACACCCCCGACCUUACUCCUGUUCGAGGGAUACCACGUCAGAUCGACGAAGGCGACUCCACCGAGCUUGAGGAUUCGUCUACGGAGAAUGUUCAGGAACCGAGGAGCGGCAAAUCCAUUGACACACAACCAACGUCAGUGAGUGCACCAAGUUCAAAAACAGAGGGUCUCGCCCUGGCUUCCGGAUCUUUGCGCUCCCAGUCCAAAGCCGGUGCACCAACCCCAGGCUUUUCACAGUUGGACGUUGCCACGCCAAAAGAAAAGAAGAAGCGGUCAAUAUUUGGAGGAUUUGGCAGUAAGCGGAAGGAGAAACUCGAGACCGCACGUAUUACUCAGCUAGGCACUCUUCGAGAACAGAAAGAAGCCUCGCCGCCAGCCAUACAGGCCUCGUCAGGCAGUGCUGCACAAAAUGAGCAGACUGUUUCGCAAGCAAGUCCCAAGAGUCCCAAGCUGCAAAGGCGGAUGACUCCAAAGAAGUUGCCUACUGCUAGUGAUAAGUCUUGGCCACUGGCUGGCAAAAACGAAAAGCCGGUUGCUAGCAGACCGCAAACAUCUGACGGCGCCCGCCCUAGCGAUCUAGGAUCACGACCUGACAUGGGCAAUCGGCGAGUGACGCUUCAGACUCCAGUACUACCUAGUCCUACGGCGCCCAUUGUAGAUGGGCUAGUGACGAGGAAGAAGAGAUUUCACACGUUGCGUAAGGCCUUCGGGCUUCGCGAUUAA